AUGAGUGUGUAACAAAUCAGGUUUCAUAAUCAUUCAUAUUAUUUUUUUACCGUGAUACAAUAUUUAACCAUAAAUAUACAAAAUUCAUUUAGUAAUGAAUCUUGUUAAAUUAUUUAGGUAUCAAAAAAUAUAUUCUGCGGUUCCUAGAAGGGGAAUUGAUGAGUUAUGGAAGGGUGGUUAUCUUGACCCGGAUACUCCAUUUAGUCAGAAAGAGAAGCUUUCUACCACUGGUUACCCUUGGCCUUCUUACCUUCUACGUCAGAAAAGUUUUGAGGAUUUAAGAAGCCUCUACUUUUCAUGUUUAAAGGAGAAGAAUCUUCUCCUCGGUGAAAGAUGGGCUGCACUUCAAAACCAUAUUAAGCCUCCAAAACAUGGAAGACUCAAGAAGGUUAAACUUACCAUGAAACGUAUACUUGGUGUUAUAACUAGGAGGGAGAUCCACCAACAGUGUUUAAGGGCUAAACAAAUUCUUAAAGCUCAGGAAGAAAAGGAAGUUCUUGAGACCAGGAUGUUUAAACUGAAGGAACUUUUAAAUGAACUUAACUUCAAGAUUAAGAGGUCAAAAUCGCAGGACUCUUUGUCCAAAACAGGAUGGCUUAAAACAGUUUCUAAGAUUGAAAGUGAAAUGGAAGAGAUUGAGCUGAAGCUACAACCUCUUAGGAAAGAAACUCUUCAACUCAGGACCCCAAACUGGCGUUACGAGAGGAAGUACUCAGACCUUCCAGGGAGAAUCACCUGGAACAGAGACUACAUACCUGCACUAAAGAAUACACUACACAGGCCAUUUAAAUUUUAUUGAUAAUAUACUGAAUAAAAU